AUGUUUGCAGUGUCCGAAGCCGUCCACGAGGCACCUGUUUACGUGGCGUCACAAAAUAAACUGUACCUGUCACAAUUGGCUCCCCCGGCCGGCUACCUGCCCCAGCUUGUGGUCGAUCUAAACCAAGACCCUCCUACGCUGUCGGAAUUUCUGUCCGACCCCCCUGUUUAUGCCCCAAAUGGCGGCACUUUCCAUAACGGCAAGAUCAUCUGGGGAGCCUCCGGUGGGAAUCGGUCUGUCGGGGGUGGCGAGCAGCGUGUAUCUUUGAGGACACUGGAUCCGGAGACCAACAAGACCACUAACUUGGUCAAUAACUAUUACGGCUUCUACUUUAACACUAUCGAUGACCUAGCCGUGCAUCCGAGGACGGGAGAUAUUUGGUUCACAGACCCUCACUACUCUUGGUUCAAUUCUCUUAGCGAUACCCCUCCACAACUUCCGUCAGCUAGCUACAGGUACAAUGGGUCCUCGGGCGCCGUCAUGGUCGUGGAUGACAGCAUUGGCCAGCCCAAUGGCAUUGCCUUCAAUCCGGACGGCACGACCGUAUACAUCAGCGACACUGCCGCGGUCAGUGGGCCCGUCGACCCCGACGCCGGACAUCCGGGGACCCCUUUUAAUGCCACCCAUCGCAGGACUGUCUAUGCUUUUGAUGUGAGCAGCGAUGGUACUCAGGCCUUGAAUAAGCGCCCUAUCUAUUUGGCGGCCGGGUUCGUGCCGGAUGGCCUCAAGGUGGCCGCGAAUGGGUAUAUCUUGGCAGGGACUGGACGAGGCGUCGACGUACUAGACCCAGCUGGCCAGCUUCUCCUGACGAUCCAGACGAACUACACGGUGCAAAACUUUGCCUGGACAGGCCCCGAACUCAAAACCCUCUGGUUGAUGGGGAACGGGGGGAUCAGCAAGGUUGAGUGGGAGCUUGCAGGCCAGGAAUUGAAGUGA